AUGACGUUUGCUCUUAAGUAUCUUGUUAUUUUUCUCCUUCUGUCUAUGGUCACUCAAGGACUGUGCGGCUGCUCUUUCGCUAACAUCCAGAUCGGAGGGGCGAGGACGGGGAGAGUAAUCUCCGGAGAACCGGAGUGGAAAAUAUCGGUGAUCAACACGUGCAGCCAACCUCAGUCGAUCGUGAUUCUCUCUUGCGGAGGUUUUGCUCCCGUGAAGCCUGUCGACCCAUCGCUACUGGUCCCAAAAAAAAACACAUGUCUCCUGAUUAACGGAAACGCUAUACCGGCUGGCGGCACCGUUCAGUUCACUUACGCCGGCGAGCCUUACUUCUUUAAACCCAUAAGCUCAAGGGUCGGCUAA